UCCCGGGGCUGGCGCUCCGUGUGUGUGCCGGUCGGCCGACAUGCGCCCGCUGCUCAGCCUCCUCCUGGUCUUCGCCUGCUGCACCUUCGCCCUGUACUUGCUGUCCACGCGACUGCCCCGCGGGCACAGCCUGGGCUCCGCGGAGGAGGCUGAAGGCAGGUCGCUGUGGUUCCCCUCUGACCUGGCCGAGCUGCGGGAGCUCUCUGAGGUCCUUCGGGAGUACCGGAAGGAGCACCAGGCCUACGUGUUCCUGCUCUUCUGCAGCGCCUACCUCUACAAACAGGCCUUUGCCAUCCCUGGCUCCAGCUUCCUGAACGUUUUAGCUGGUGCCUUGUUUGGGCCAUGGCUGGGGCUUUUGCUGUGCUGUGUGUUGACCUCAGUGGGCGCCACGUGUUGCUACCUGCUCUCCAGCAUUUUUGGCAAACAGCUGGUGGUCUCCUACUUUCCUGAUAAAGUGGCCCUGCUGCAGAGGAAGGUGGAGGAGAACAGAAACAGCUUGUUUUUUUUCUUACUGUUUUUGAGACUCUUCCCCAUGACACCGAACUGGUUCUUGAACCUCUCCGCCCCGAUUCUGAACAUCCCCAUCGCGCAGUUCUUCCUCUCGGUUCUUAUCGGCUUGAUCCCGUACAAUUUCAUCUGUGUGCAGACAGGCUCCAUCCUGUCAACCCUGACCUCCCUGGAUGCACUUUUCUCCUGGGAAACAGCCUUUAAGCUGCUGGCCAUUGCCUUGGUGGCCUUGGUUCCUGGAACCCUCAUCAAAAGAUUUAGCCAGAAACACCUGCAACUGAAUGAAACAAGUCAGGCUAAUCACAUAAAUAGUAGAAAAGUCACGUGAUCAGGACUCUGUCUCCCCGGAACCUGGACUCUAAGGCUUGUUGGUAAGCUGGGUGUGGUCAUCUAAAGCCCCUCAUUGUGUUUUAAAUUACCCUCAAAAGAUAGUUUGGACACUGUUCAUCUGUGUGCAGUGGCUCAACAGAAAGGCCAGAGUGUGCUGUGGACGGUGGACUGUAUCAGGUUCUGAGAGCAGCCCUGGGUUAGCAGGAUGCUGUGACAUGGACGCUCUCCUAGGAAUCCUGUCUCCAUGUUUUUGGCCAACCAGGAACUCAGGAGUGUUGCCUGCCUCUCGCCAGCCUUGGGAGAAGCUGCUGACUGUCCUUGUCUAGCCUGCCUCUUUUGCCACGUGAUAGGCUGUAGUGACAGAGGUUCUGUUAAGUCCCUGUGGAUGUCACUAGCAUCAGCGAUGACGUGAGCCCACAUCCCUGGCAGCACUCAGCGUCUUCUGUUGGUCUCUCGCAGAGUGUGUCUUCUGUCGUUUUUCAUUGAUGAUCUACCUCUUCCAUAAGCCGAGGAACCUCUGAGGACUUCCACGUGAAGCACAAAAGCAGUGAUUCCCGUGACGCUCCUGUGUUCAGAUGCACUGAUGUUACUGUGUAUGUCAAAUCUCAUGGCUGCAUGUUCUGGCGAUGCCAACAGGCUAUUAAAUAUGAAUGGAGCACGUUCUGUAUGUUAUGGGUGUGUUCUGGAGAAAUUCUUACCACCUGCGUGGGGCAGGGCCCCUGAUUCUCCUGAACCCAUACCUUGUCUGUUCGUGCUUUCUGCACGGGACUCCCUUCUUUACCUCCUGCUAAGGAGAAUGGAUUCAGUACUCUAGGCUGUCGACAGGGUAUCCCUCUGAAUGUUUGUCAUUUCCUAAGAAUAAAUGAGGACUAAUUUUAUCUUUGCCAAUUUUUUUUUUUUUUUGAAAGGUAGGGUUAUAGACAGUGAGAAAGAGACAGAGAGAAAUCUGGUCUUCCUUCCGUUGGUUCACUCCCCUAAUGGCCGUUAUGGCCACUAUGGCCGGCGUGCUGUGCCGAUCCGAAGCCAGGAGCCAGGCACUUCCUCCCCGUCUCCCAUGGGGUGCAGGGCCCAAGCACUUGGGCCAUCCUCCACUGCACUCCGGGCCACAGCAGAGAGCUGGACUGGAAGAGGAGCAACCGGGACAGAAUCUGGCGCCCUGACCGGGACUAGAACCCAGGGUGCCGGCGCUGCAGGCGGAGGAUUAGCCAAGUGAGCCAUGGUGCCGGCCCUAUUUUAUCUUUGAGCCCAAGAAGAAAAUCGCUCUGAUAACCUUGUGUUGUAUCUUAAUCACUUGAAGCUCUCAUUGCUUGCCAUGGUUGUAGUAUUGAAUUGGCACAGACCUGGGUUAUUGUUUCCAAGGACAGAUGGACCCUGGCACCUGCCUGGACCAGCUCUGUGAUCCUGUCCUCUUCAGGAGAAACUCGUGACUCACCAGGGCUAUUGCGCUUGGGCAUCAUCUGCUGUGUGUUUCAUUUGGGUUGGCCAAGAAUUCUGCUAUGGCUUUUAGCUGGGCCUCUUGUUCUACAUAAAUUCUUGGGAGUAUUCAUGCUCCGCAGGAAGAAUGGACUCCCAGCCAGUCCUUUCUCACAGCAAAGGUCUCAUUUUUAAAAUGGUUUCUUUCUUUCUUUCUUCUUUUUUUUUUUUUUUUUUAAAGAUUUAUUUAUUUAUUUGAAAGGUGGAAUCAGAGAGAGGCAGAGAGAAAGAAAGUCUCCCAUCCCCUGGUUCACUCUCCAAAUGGCCACAAUGGCCACAGCUGGGCCGAUCUAAAGCUAGGAGCCAGGAGUUUCUUCCAGGUCUCCCAUGCAGGUGCAGGGGCCCAAGGACUUGAAGCAUCUUCUGCUCCUUUCCCAGCCCAUAGCAGAGAGCUGGAUUGGAAGUGAAGCAGCCGGGGCUCAAAUCAGCGCCCAGAUGGGCUGCCAGCACUGCAGGUGGCAGCUUUACCCGCUUUGCCACAGCACCGGCCCUUAAAAUGGUUUCUUUAAAAGGAGCCUUGAUAACAAGAAUGAGUGUAUGAACGAGGCAGACUGGGCUUUGAAAUCAGUGAGUCUAAGUGUUGUGGAGGAGGAAGGGUGGAGAAGCAUGGGAGUCUUCCACACUUGCAGAUGCGUGCCCUUUGCCCUUUUCUGGGUCCUUAGAUGUGUCUCUCUCCACGGUUUUGCGACAGUGUGCCUUAUUAGUUGUGAGUUUACAGGCAAACUGGUGUCCCAAAUGCAGUAAGUAUUCUGUAAUGAAUAAAUGGCUAUCAAUGCUUACUUG